CGCCUGUAAAACUCUGCCCAGCGGCUUUCAUAGCAUUAGUAACCAGUCUUCCGCCAUUCAUCCUCUUCAGUUCUUCAAACAUGGCGGAAGAAAAGGAACCUUACAAGGUUUCAGUUUUACUCGAAGGUUACGGCUACACGGAUGCCGAAAAAAGGUAUAGAGCGAAUGGAACGUGCACUUUAGUUACUGGAAAGGAUAAAAAAAUUAUCAUUGACACUGGAAGCCCACGAGAUAAGCAGCGUCUGCUCGAAAAGUUGAAGCAACACGAUGUUGCACCAGAAGAGGUGAACUACGUUCUAUGCACCCACGGGCAUGUUGAUCAUGUGGGAAAUUUGAACCUAUUUUCCAACGCUGUGCAUAUGGUGUCUCAUGAUAUUCUACAAGAACAGGACAUUUACAUCGAUCCACCAGAAAACUUUAACAAAGGAGCACCGUUUUGCAUUGAUUACGAGAAUGUUCAAGUUAUUAGUACGCCAGGGCAUACCCACUCGGAUGUUAGCGUUGUAGUAAGAGGCACGGAGUUUGGAACUGUUGUCAUCUGUGGGGAUGUGUUUGAACAUGAAGGGGACGACAAUCUGUGGGAGGAAUACAGCGAAUUCCCUGAGAAACAAAGGGAAAGCAGAAAAAGAGUGCUGGAGAUUGCGGACUGGAUCGUACCGGGUCAUGGUGAAAUGUUUAAGGUGGACAAACCGAGAGCUUGAUAAAGAAAGCAAAUCCAGACGUAAUAAACGUAUUAAUCAAGUAGCCAAGAUAGUAUAUAUAUAUAUUAUUUUAUUUUUAACUCGUCAGUGGCUUAAUAUUUUCUCAGCUCAUCAGAAAUGUAUUUUAAAAUUAAACUUUCAAACUGCAGACAAUCAAUGAAAGUGAAAGAAACUGUAA